GCCCAUGUUUAUGGUCACCAAAUCUUUGAAAAUAUGUCUAAAUUUUCAAACAUUUGCGGAUAAAGAUUUUGUUUCACUUUUUAUGGGAGGAAAUCUUCGGCAAAAUAUUCUCAAAGAUUUUGAAAUGGGGCAAAAGUCGCUCGUUUGACAAAAUGUUUGACAAACAUUUUGAGAUGGGGCAGGUCGCGAAAAUGUUUGGGCGGCGGAAAAGGCAAGUAGCGCCGCGUUUUCGGCACAUACGCCGCCAACACACACGAACACACCCCAACAACACAAGAACACACGAACACAUCUACACACACACUCACGAGAAGGCCGCGCCGACGAGAAGGCCACGCCCAACAUGGAUGAGGAGUCCAUAAUGGCCGGGGCUGCUGCCGCAGCAUCGAGUUUGCAGAACAUUAUGCACACGUUCGACUCCGAUGGUGAGCAUGAUGACCAAGAACCGGGUGGUUUGUUCGGCGAUCUGCGGGUGGAGGAGGAGGAGGAGGAGGAGGAGGAGGAGCGCGAGAAGCACAUCCGGCGCUCCUACCCUCGCCCGGAAUACUGGCGGUCAACCUGGGGGAAGUGGGUACUGAAGCUGCGAGAGCUGAAUGCUGCGGAGGAGGGGCUGGACCCGGAAUGUCGAGAAGCUGUGCAGUUUGCCGGCACCUUCCGCAUCCCUUUCGUGUUGUUCGAGAGCAUCAUGCAGACGGUCACCUCCAUCUUCCCGUCUUCAGUCAGAGACGUCGCGGGCAGGGAUUGCCCACCCGUGGAACUCAAGGUGUGUAGGCUGAUGUAAGCUGCUGUUGAAGUGAAGUCUGUAUGCUGCUCGGUGAGAAGCUGCAGCGCGCUGUUGUAUUUUUGUCGAGAAGUUCACAACCACCGCCCGCUGUAGUUUUUACUUCAAGUGCACGUCAGCGCUGCUGGACAAUCGGUGCCCUCGGUCUAGAGGAACAGACCAAUGUGUAUACUGUUACAAGUACUGCUGAACUUGUACCUAAGCUCACGGGGUGUUACACCCUCGAAGUAGCACGCCCUCGAAGUAGCACACGUGCGCGGAGUUGAGCAGUAAGCAAAGAUCGCAAAAAGGGUACGUACUCUGCUGCUGCGUGCACAAACGAACCGCGUCGUGUGUACCGUAGAGAGGACACUAUAAUAGUUUGCAAUUUUUGACCAGAUGCUGUAGAUGAUAAAGAAGCGCACUCCCUCUCCAACUACGUCUGCACGGCGCUGCUGGCCGAGGUGUCACACUCGGUGUCGACACUCUCGAAAAGUAGCCCGUGCAAGUAUGAUGGAAGCAGCAGUACUACAUUCAACAAAGCCGAUGGAUGUGCGAGGGAUUGCACUUUGUGCUCGUUCCAUGAGCGAGUCACAGCUUGGUAGAAGAGUAUGCAUUUCCUUCGCAUGGCAGGUGUGUGACGCCCUCGAGGUAACACACGUGCGCGGAGCUGCAGCAGCAAGCCAAUACCGUCAAAAUGGUACGCACUCUGCUGCAAAAAUCCUCAACACACCGACACACCCCUACUGCUGUACUUGCCCACUCGUCGUCUCCCGCAAAGCUCUGCAACUCUCUCGAUGAUACAAGAGCAUACAUUCGAGCCACAGCUUGGUAAAAGAGUAUACAUUCCCUUCGCAUGACAGCUUACAACCCC